AUGGUAGCUCUCUUAAUGAGGUCUUUCCUUCUCCUCUUUCUCUUUGCUUUUGUUGGUACUCAAGCAAGAACUUUGCUAGAUUAUUGUAAUGGAUUCAAGGUUGAGACAUACGUGGGGAGGCGUCCAAAGACACCACCUCCAGCACCAUUUUCAUCUCCACCAACCAAAGAGGUUUCGAAGUUUUCGCCUAAUAAUAUAGUCCAAAAACCAAACACAAAUCCAGUCUCGAUGAUCACAAGCAAGAAUAAACAAACACUGGAUUCACUCCCAACCCUUCAAAAUUAUGGAAGGCAUGCAAGGCCACCUCCUCCAUCUCCGAUGUUGCCGCCACCGAUCCACCAAUUAUCGAGCAACGUACUAGUUAUGUUCAAGAAAUCACUGCCCAAGAUCUUCCUAUCAACAGCUUGA